AUGCCCNCCGCACAACCUCCUACCCAUACUCUACCCCAGCCUCCACAAUCUCAAUCUGUACCGCUGGACGAGCCUGUAGAGCAGGUCACACAUUCGUACGACUCCUACGGCCGCCCUGUAGCCUCGGCUCCGGAUGCCGCUCCACGCUCUAUUGUUACUCAGGACUCCUCGGCCGAUGGCUGGAACUUUGAUGACCAGCAACCUCUGCCGGAUCAACCUCCUGCCGAACUACCCCAACCUCCCCGUAGACCUGAUACUGAUCUGUUCCCAAGUGCUGCAAACCCUCCUUCCAGAUCUCCUCCUCGUACCGGUUCAGGCCGUCGCAGAUCGUCAGGCUCGCAAGGCAUGGCCAGGAGAAGAAGCUCUGGUUCCCACGAUCUUCAUGAUAGUGGCUCAGAGCUUUCUGCAAAGCCUGAUCCUUCUCAGUUCAAGGUCAAGUUUGCUCUCCGUGGCCAUCUUGAUGUUGUCCGCUCGGUCAUCUUCACGGGUGGUGGUAGCCCUUCUGAGCCCGAAAUCUGCACAGCUGGCGAUGACGGUACCAUAAAACGCUGGAUCAUACCUGCUAGCUACAGCAACUUCCAGAAUAAUGCAAACAACGAUCUGGACAUUGCUUGCUACUUUACCCACCGUGGUCACGAUGGUGUCGUUACAUCUCUCGCGGCAUGCCCUUCGACCAGCUUCUCUACCGGCGGUCGUGUAUCAGGAGACGGAUGGAUCUUCUCCGGUGGCCAAGACGCUACAGUACGUGUUUGGGAACGUGGGCGAGUUGACCCGAAGGCUACUCUAGAAGGCCACACGGAUGCUGUCUGGACCGUCUGUCUCCUACCUGGAACUGUCGCAUCAGUGUUUGGUUCUCAGGGCUCGAAUUACGGCGGACCUGACCGCAUCUUGCUCGCCACAGGUUCCGCGGAUGGCACUGUCAAGAUUUGGUCUGUCAGUGCUCCUCCGCAGCUGGUUUCUCCGCAAGCAGGUUCGCGACGUGGUGGUAGCCGUCGUCAUUCUGUCACAUCUGGCAGCAACCAUCCCAGUUCGCCUCAGCCUAAUGUGGCUACAAGUACACCCUUCCAUUAUACGCUUGUUCACAGCAUUCAACGCGAUUCUGCUUCAGGUGCUGCGCCUACUUGCAUUUCUCCUCUCAGCCCAUCUGGCGAGAAUUUUGUCGUCUCAUAUACCGACUCGAGUGUUCUUAUCUUCGAUACCCGGACUGGUGAGGAGAUCAUUGGAAUGGCCAGUAACGAGACAUAUGACGGGACCAUGGCUACAAGCAUCAACGCCGUAGUUGCCACUAGCAGUGCAUCACUUGGCCUGGAAACGGGAUCUUCAUACAUGGACAGAGCGGACCAAGAGGAGUCCGUGGGUGCCGGACCGACAGGCUCAGCGCAGGGUGUCGAGGGCGUGAUUGUCAGUGGCCACGAGGACCGAUAUAUCAGAUUCUUCGAUGCAAACAGUGGUAAGUUGUGUUUUUGA